AUGGGUGGUUGCUUCUCUAUCUCGUUGUCAUGUGAUCAAGUCGUGAAUCAAGCCUCUCAAUGCUUAUGUGUCAAACAGAGCUAUAUUCACGACCUAGAAGAGAAUCUCUCAGCUUUGGAAAUAACCAUGGAAGAUCUAAAGGCAAGGCGAGAUGAUUUGUCAAGAAGGGUGAAGAGAGAGGAGAAUAAAGGUCUAAGAAGGCUUGCACAAGUCCAGGUAUGGCUUACUAGGGUUGAGACCAUCGAGAGCCAUGUCAAAGAUUUGUUAUGUGUUAGAAAAACUGAGCUUCAGAGGUUGUGUCUUUGUGGGUUCUGUUCCAAGAGUUUGAAACUGAGCUAUCAGGAUGGGAAACGGGUUUUUAUGACGUUGAGGGAAGUUGAUGUGAAGAUAAGAAUUUGA